AUGUCUCAGCACAUCAUACACCCCCUCAGCCAACCUCCUGGAAGCGGGCCUCCGAUCGGUGCCCAUUUCACAUUCAGCGAAGGGCAAUUCGCUGAUCGGAUGAUUCGUGCGGAGUUGCAUGAGCUACAGAAGGCGGAUAUUGGAAGAAAAUAUACACACAAGGACCGCCGCUCACUUGAUCCGCCACCUGUGGUCCAAUUGAAGCUCUUCGAGAUCGUAGAUUCCACGUCCGCUACCGAAACGGAGAUUGCCGACUAUAAGGCCGUCGAAAUCGCUGGUCUUCUAUGUCACGUCGAUUUGUUCGCAGUCCGUUCAACUCCUCAAGCGGAUGCAGGACACAGCAUUCCCCUCCGGCCAGGUACGAGUAGAGUAUUGUCAAUCUCAUCGUCACCUCUGGACGCGGGGGUUCACGCUACUACAAAUGCCACUCAGUCCGAGGUGCUGACGCAUGUCAACGGUCAUCGAAUCACCGAGCAGUCAAUUUGCACUACUGCGUUGGUUGGAUCGACCGUCAUCGAGGCCACAAGCCUGGAGAGGGAAGGCAGUGAUACGCUGAUGUAUACCUUUUCGGUUUGUCCUUUCUCGGUCUGCGUCUCCAUAGUCCCGGCUGUGAGAUCGCGCACACACCUGAGCAUGGACCUAUCCGUGCGGCAAGAGGGCACCUUUAUUCUGCGCUAUCGUGUAUUCGACACGGUGUCGAUGGCAAGAGGAUCUGAAAGCGUUCCCGUCCUGGCGGAAUGCUACGGCGGUCCCUUCGAGAUCUUUCCGACCAAAUUGUUCCCAGGUCUUCGGCCUUCUACGGAACUCACGAGGGCGCGUAGCUUAUGCAAGCUGUUUCUUACAUGCCUAUCCUGA